UGAAAUUAUAUUUUGGGAGCCACCUGCGUCGUUAAGAUACAUACGAAGUAAGUUAAAAUACACAUGUACAAGUUGAGCCACCGGAAUCAUGUCAAAACCAAAGGUUGCAAAACCAAAACACGGGAGCAGUUGAUCGGCUUCUUGUUAGAAGUGGGUGAGCUUUUACAUCAGGCUAUGGAUAAUUAUACUCCGUAUACUUUUGUUCUUGAGGCUCUGGUUUUAUCUGAAAACUCCCUUUAGAAGUUCAAAUCUAUGCCCACCCACAAACCUGAACCCCCAAAUCCGGAUUAGAUUCUGACAUGGCGGAGUUGUGGUAGCCAGAAUGAACAAUAACUGCUUUGAGGGAGAAUAAGACCAGAGUCAUCACAAUCGAGAAGAAUUUGAAGAAGAGGGGCGCGCGGGUUGUUGUCUGGUUCCAUCCCCGGACGGCGCACCUGAUUGAAAUAAUUCAUCCGCAGAUUCAGACUCACCACGCCGCCGCCGCCUAACUGGCCGGCUAGGAUGAACAAGGCCAGAUCCGAGAAAUCAACUCUCUAGAAAACGGUGAAGUGCAGCGGACCACUGCGACUCCGCCACCAUCUCUGUCUUCACCUCGCUGCCCGUUGUCGAAUUGUAGUAUCCGAGAUUCUGUUUUGUUGGAUGAAGUACGAACUAAGAGAUAAGAGAGCAGGGGUAAAAAUGGUAGUUCAGCUAAGACGUAGUCUUAUUCACGGUUAAAAAAAGUCGGACUCCUAUUUAAUUACAUAGAAGAAGUUACGGUCCUAUUGAGGACCAUUUCUCUACAUGUUUCGGAUGAUGGUGGCUUGUUAGAGUAUACCAAUCUUGAACUUUGUGUGCUUGUUAUAGCAACUUAUAGGACCAAAUUGCUUGUUAGUCUUGGGAAAGUAGACACAACAUUUUUUUCAAAAAAAUGCAGCCUUCUAUUUCUCUUUCGUGCACUAAAUAAAUGAUUGAAAAACAAUGUUUUUGUAUGUAAAUGCAGCCUUCUAUUUCUCUUUCGUGCACUAAAUAAAUGAUUGAAAAACAAUGUUUUUGUAUGUAAUGCAGAAGAGUGAGUACAGUAAGGUGACCGGAAAGUCACCCCAAAUGGAGCCUGGGGGUAGCAUCAACCAAGACGAAGUCGGUAAUGGUGUUGCAGAGAAAGGUUUCAUCUCUACAAUAAAGAAGAGUGAGUGCUAUAGUAAGGUGACCGGAAAGUCACCCCAAAUGGAGCCUGGGGGUAGCAUCAACAGAGACAAAGUCGGAAAUGGUGUUGCAGAUAAAGGCUUCAUUUCUACACUAAAGAAGAGUGAGUGCUUUAGUAAAGUGAUCGGAAAGUCACCACAAAUGGAGGCUGGGGGUAGCAUCAACAGAGACGAAGUCAGAAAUGGUGUGGCAGAGAAAGGCUUCAUCUCUACAAUAAAGGCCAGAAGUAGGAGACAUGAUGUUGAAAACCAGUCUUUCACUCUUAAUGAUCCAACCAAAGAUAAAUCCAUCAAUGGGAAGCCGAAGCAUACUGCAGGAAGGAUUCUUUCAGACGUCACUAAAGCUCAGCAAAAUCAACCACCGCCUGAUGCAUCUCAGGUUACUGGGAAAUGGCAGUGUCCACGGAAGAGUAAGCCACCUUUGGGCCCUCCUUUAAAGCAGCUUCGGCUUGAACAAUGGGUUCGGAGGAUAUGAAAAGUGAUAUUUGUUGUAAGUCUGGAACAAAGAGCGAUUGGUGUAUAUCCAUGAUUGAUGUUAUUUAUAAAUUUAAGCUUCCUAUUUAUUCGUUUCACAUUCGUUCCUUGCAAUAUUUAAUCUUCUUGUGUAACAAAAAGAUGAAAUUAAAACUCA